GCCGUGAAUGCCGAGCGCCUCGCGUUUGGGGGCCUCGGGUGGAACAGCUGGAAAACGGACAGACUUGUGUGUUUGGUUUAGAGUAGAAAGCUGCGCGCGGAGAAAAGCUCUGAUGCAGAAGUGCGGAGAGACAGUGAAAAAUGCCUAAAAAGAAGACUGGUGCUCGUAAGAAAGCUGAGAACCGUCGAGAACGUGAGAAGCAGAUAAGGGCUUCAAGAGCCAACAUAGAUUUAGCCAAACAUCCUUGUAAUGCCUCGAUGGAAUGUGACAAGUGCCAAAGACGACAGAAGAACAGAGCUUUUUGCUACUUCUGCAACUCUGUUCAGAAAUUACCCAUUUGUGCACAGUGUGGAAAAACCAAAUGCAUGAUGAAGACAUCAGAUUGUGUCAUAAAGCAUGCUGGUGUGUACAGUACCGGACUGGCAAUGGUGGGGGCAAUCUGUGAUUUCUGUGAAGCUUGGGUGUGCCACGGGAGGAAGUGUCUCAGCACACAUGCAUGCAUCUGCCCUCUUGCAGAUGCAGAAUGCAUCGAGUGUGAAAGAAGCGUCUGGGAUCAUGGAGGCAGAAUGUUUGCCUGCUCUUUUUGCCACAAUUUCCUCUGUGAAGACGAUCAGUUUGAACAUCAAGCCAGCUGCCAAGUUUUGGAAGCAGAGACAUUUAAAUGUGUUUCCUGUAACAGGCUUGGGCAGCAUUCGUGCCUGCGUUGUAAGGCUUGUUUUUGUGAUGAUCAUGUGCGAAGUAAAGUUUUUAAGCAGGAAAAGGGAAAAGAACCUCCUUGCCCUAAGUGUGGCCAUGAAACUCAGCAGACGAAGGAUCUGAGCAUGUCAACGCGCUCCUUGAAGUUUGGCCGCCAGACUGGAGGUGAAGAUGCAGAUGGAGCUUCUGGUUAUGAUGCCUACUGGAAGAACCUCUCCUCCAGCAAGGCUGGAGAUGCAGGUGAUCGUGAUGAUGAAUACAAUGAAUAUGAAGAAGAUGACGAUGAAGAUGAUGAUGGAGGAGGGAAGGAUUCUGAUACAGAGACCACAGAUGUAUUUGGCAAUUUGAGUUUAGGGAGGACUUACGCUAGUGGGUAUGCACAUUAUGAAGAACCUGAAGAUUAAUUUGAGUAUGCUAGUGAGCUAGAGCCUUUGGAGAGGUUGCACCGAGCAGAUGCAUCAUUGCUGAGUUGUAUACAGUAGGAUAAUUCUAUCAGAUACUUAACAUAUCAGAGGUUGACCAUAAAGUCUGGGACAUCUAUAGUAACUGUAGGUGAGAUGUGUUGAUAUAAACCAUUAUUGGGUUUUGAACUUGGGGGAGAAAAUGGGGGGGAAUAUUUUUAUUCCCCUGACCACCUGAAGUGAUGUUGUCUUUCAGUUACUGAGUAUAACGGUUUAACAUCUUGUUUCCAUUUAUGCAUCAGAAAUUAAGUUAUUUUUACAGUAUUUGUUAACUAACUUUGUAAAAUCCGUGUAUUGUUGGGCUGCAGACUGCAUUUUUGGGGGCCAGCG